ACGGGUUGAGAGGCGAGGGUGGAGGCCAGUGUGAGGCAGGCGGCGGCGGAGCGGUGGCUGCCUCACUCCCUCAUGAUGGCCGCUAAACACAGGAGGUCUGGCGAGGAGGACAGGCAGCCUAAGGCCAAGAAACAUCCUCCUGCUGCUGGCCAGAGGGAGAACUCGGCCAGCAAGCCGGCCAGGCCGGGGCCAGACUCCCGGCCACCUUCUGCUGUAGUGGUCCUAGUGUGUGCAAUUUGCUGUGGGGUUGUGCACAGUGUCCACGUAGCCACCAUGUUCGAGAACGACAGACACUUCUCACACCUCUCCAACCUGGAACGGGAAAUGACCUUCAGAACAGAAAUGUGUGCCGCAUAGAUGAUAAUCAUCUGUUACUGCAUGAUGAGAAAAGGUGUGUGAAUUAUUGAUGCCCACAUAGUUCUUAACUCACAACAUGGUUGGUGUGCUGCCUUUUCAG